AUGGGUUUCAUUGAAAAGCUCCAAAAUAGUAAACUGCUGCCCACCAAAGACGAACUUGAACUCUAUCGUCUCGAGCAACGAUACACACGGCGGAAGAACCGCAGCACAUUUUAUGGCGACGCCCAAUAUGUCGAUGGCGAAUACGUAUACAGUUCAACUUCCUCGCCAACCUCGCCCGCGGCGUCCAAGAAUUCAACAGGCAGUACCUGGCGACGUUCCACCUGGGGCCGCUCUGCUACCUCUGAUUCCCGAUAG